CUGUUCUUUCUUUCGUAUGUUAAGAAAACCCAAAAGCUCUCACUUUUAAACAAACUUUCAAAGAGAGAGCUUUAUACAAAACCAAACAGAUCAAAUUAUUUGAAGUAUAUACCAAAAUGAGGUUUCAUCAGAUUGAAGAAAGAAACCAAGUUCUUCUCUCUAAGAUCGCCAUCAACAACGAUCACGGCGAGGAUUCACCAUAUUUCGAUGGGUGGAAAGCGUACGAUAACGAUCCGUUUCACCCGGUGAAUAAUCCUUUAGGUGUUAUUCAGAUGGGUUUAGCAGAAAAUCAGCUUUCUCCCGACUUGAUUGUCGAUUGGAUUAGAAAACAUCCGGAAGCUUCGAUUUGUACCGAUGAAGGGCUCAUGAGCUUCAAGGACAUUGCCAACUUCCAAGAUUACCAUGGCUUACCUGAGUUUCGAAAUGCGAUUGCGAGUUUUAUGGGGAAAGCGAGGGGUGGGAGGGUGAAAUUUGACCCGAGUCGAAUUGUGAUGGGCGGAGGUGCUACUGGGGCAAGCGAAACCGUCAUCUUUUGUUUGGCGGAUCCGGGUGACGCUUUUUUGAUUCCUUCUCCAUAUUAUGCAGCGUUUGAUCGAGACCUUCGAUGGCGAACACGAGCGCAAAUAAUUCCAGUCCAUUGCAAUAGCUCCAACAAUUUCCAAAUCACAAAGGAAGCCUUAGAAGAAGCCUACAAAAAGGCUAAAGAAGGCAACAUCAAAGUAAAGGGUCUUAUAAUAACCAAUCCCUCAAAUCCCUUAGGCACAACAUACGAUCGUGACACUCUCAAAAGCCUUGUCACCUUUGUGAAUGAUAAUAAUAUUCACUUAAUUUGCGAUGAAAUUUACUCUGCCACUGUCUUCAAAUCCCCAAGCUUCACUAGCAUUGCAGAAAUUAUUGAAGAAAUGGAGCAUUGCAAGAAGGACCUCAUCCAUAUACUUUAUAGUUUGUCCAAAGACAUGGGGCUCCCUGGUUUUCGAGUUGGAAUUCUUUAUUCUUACAACGAUAUCGUAGUGAGCAUUGGUCGGAAGAUGUCGAGCUUCGGCCUCGUGUCUUCCCAGACGCAACAUUUGCUCGCCGCCAUGCUUUCUGACGAGGAGUUUGUGGACAACUUUCUAGCUGAGAACUCGAAACGACUCGCGAAAAGGCAUGCAAGGUUCACAAAAGAGUUGAAGAAAAUGGGGAUCACUUGCUUGAAUGGGAAUGCAGGGGUUUUUGUGUGGAUGGAUUUGCGGAAGCUAUUAAAAGACCAAAGCUUUGAAUCAGAAAUGGAGCUUUGGAGAGUGAUUAUCAAUGAAGUGAAGCUCAAUGUUUCUCCUGGCUCAUCCUUUCAUGUCACUGAGCCAGGUUGGUUCAGAGUUUGCUUCGCAAACAUGGACGAUAAUACCGUCGAUGUUGCUCUCGAUAGAAUCCAUAGCUUUGUCGGAAAGAUUGACAAGAAGGAAGACAAUACCAUCACAAUGCCACCGAAGACAAAGCGUCGAGAGAAUAAGCUGCGGUUAAGCUUCUCGUUCUCAGGGAGAAGAUAUGAGGAUGGCAAUGUUCUUAACUCGCCUCACAUGAUGUCGCCUCACUCACCGCUAGUGAGAGCCAAGACUUGAUAAGAAUGAGUUUUAAGAUCGACUUUUUAAAAAAGUGUUUUUCUAUUUUUUCAAAAUUUUCAUACUAUUCAGAGAUUUUGAAAUUUUUAAAAGGGUUUAUCAAAUAAAGUAUUUUCACUCCAAAA